AUGUCUGCCGACUCACAGUAUGAAUUCCAGGUGUUCACGUCACAGGAACUGCAGGAACACCCAUGUUUGUUAUCUCUCUGGUCCAUGAUUAAUAGCGCCUUCAUCUCCCACCGGAAAGGAUUCUUGCAACCAUCACACAGAGAUAGCGACCGUUUCCAGACGCCGCAGGAUGUCAUCAGCGAUCUUGGCCCACACGGCUUGUGCUGCGUGCUAUUCAUUGCCGAUGAUACAUAUACUCCGAUUGCUUAUGCUGGUGUGAAACCAUACAAGGAACAUUUCAGGCUGGAAGUGGGAGGCGAUGUGGAUUAUUCUGGAUCGAGGCCUACACAUUGGUACUCGAUCAUUGACUGGGAAUUGUCCAGUGUGGUCGUUCAGGAUGACGCGAGAUAUGCAAGGAAAGGCUUUGCGGCUCGCUGCUGUACUAAGGUCGAGUCAGCUCUCGUCAACCGGUUUCGGGAUGAGAGGUCAAAACAGCAAGACGACAGAGGCAUGCCCGAGAAAAUCACUAUAUGGAUCCAAGCAAUCCGUGAACUUGCUGGUGCAUACUGGAGCAGACGAGGGUACCAAGAAGUUAGCGUCAAGCGCGUCGGCGCAGGCCGUUGGGGUGCAGCACGGCCAUUCGACCUCAUUACUGGGAAGAAGGAAUUAGCCAUGUAG